UGUGCGGCAGACGGAGCCGCGUGCGCCUGGCGAGACAAAGGCGGCGGACCAAGCUGGGUCAGGCGGCAAGCGCAGAGACGAAGGCGGCGGCGGACCGAGCGGGGUCAGGCGGGCAGCCCGGAACCGAGAAUCACUGUUUUUUUUAAAGGGAACUCCCAUCCACUGGCGGUACCGAGAAUGAAGACGCAACGACUCUCCUAGGAGUGUGCUUUGACUCCAAGAAAAGAGAGAGAAGGAAACAACAACAACGCUGCCCUCUUUUCGAUUUUAACGGUUUUUUUUUUUUUCUUCAACGCCCCCCAUUUAGCUUCCAGUUAGCUCUCGCGCUAAGCUCACAGCGCUGCACUGAUCUCCUCCUUCUCCUCCUCCUCCUUCUCGGCUGCCUCCCGUCUUCACCUCAGGAGCUGGAAGACGAGCGGAAAGGGGACCUGGAAAGCCAGAUAAAUUGAGGGUGAGAUCACUCCCAAUAAAACAGGCAUCCGUGAUCUGAUGUGAGAUCCACGGAGGGACUAUGCCUAGCCCUUUAUUCCAUCCCGAGAUCAUUGACCACGACGUGAUGAUCAGCAGCCAGCACGGCGGCGUGGCUCUGCCCAGGGAGACGGACCCGGAGUCCCGGGAUGAGGACCACCAAGAGGUGCUCCGCUUCGCCCUGGACCAGCUGUCACUGAUGGCCCUGGACAAGGUGGACUGCGGUGGUGGAGGCGGCGGGCUUGUGGACGCUCUGGACGGGACCCAAGGUCCGGGCUCUGAGAGCUGCAACGGCGUCGGUGGAGGGGGCUACGUGGAUCUCCAGAUGCUGGACCACCCCAGCGGGUCUCGGGACUCGCCAUCCUCCUGCUCCCCUUCCCCGGAGUACUACGGCUCGGGCGGGUACCACAUGGCCGGGUCUCACUCCAUGCUCCACGGGGAACAAAGCUCCGUCCUCUGCAACAGGAAAAGAAGCGUGAACAUGACUGAGUGCGUGCCUGUCCCGAGCUCCGAGCACGUCGCUGAAAUAGUGGGGAGACAAGGUUGUAAGAUCAAGGCCCUCCGUGCAAAAACAAACACCUACAUCAAGACUCCAGUCAGAGGAGAGGAUCCCGUGUUCAUUGUGACAGGACGCAGGGAGGAUGUGGAAAUGGCCAAACGUGAAAUUGUAUCCGCGGCUGAACAUUUUUCAAUGAUCCGAGCAUCCCGCUGCAAAGCUGGAGGUCCUGGAGGAGGCGGCUCACUACCUGGACCACCUCACCUACCUGGACAGACCACCAUUCAGGUGAGAGUGCCCUACAGAGUCGUCGGUUUGGUUGUUGGACCAAAGGGAGCAACAAUCAAGCGCAUCCAGCAGCAGACUCACACCUACAUUGUGACCCCGAGCCGAGAGAAAGACCCCGUGUUCGAGGUGACGGGGAUGCCGGAGAACGUGGACCGAGCGCGAGAGGAGAUCGAGACCCACAUCACCCUGCGAACUGGAACCUUUGUAGACCUGCAGGGAGACAAUGACUUCCACACCAACGGCACUGACGUCAGUCUAGAAGGUCUCGGCUCCUUGAGCGGAGGGCUAGGAGCAUCUCUCUGGUCCAGAGCUACAAACCACCAUUCUGCCCCUCCUCCCCCUCCUCCCUCCCCGCCCCCACCUCUUCCCAUGUCCAUGCACCACUCCUCCAGUCGUAAGAUGUCCUCAGUCGCCUAUCACACGCACAAUGGCGGAAUGAGCUCGGACAACUUCAGCACCACCCGAAAGGCCAACGAUGGAGGCAGCCCCACCAGUCCUUUUAGCACGAGCUCCAGCAGUGCUGGAGGCGGAUUCACGUUUGGGGGGGACUCUACCCCAGGGCUACCUCCCUCGGAGGAACUGGGCUUUGAGUUCAGUGCCUCCAACAUCUGGGCACCAUUUGUCAACGGUGGAACAGGAAGUAAGGCGGCCGGCUCUUCACAGCAGCAGCCUCUACGUCGCAACAGCAGCGGCCUCAGCGGCGGUGCCAUCACUCCACGAUUGUCUCCAACUCUGCCUCAGGACACAGGGGUGAGCCCUCUGGAUCACCCACUGGCUCGACGUGCCCAGAGCGACCCCCUCAGCACUCUCUCCUGGCUGCAGUCUGGUAGCACAGGAGGCGGCUCCUUCUCAGGAGCUUCCAGCUCCAGCUCCGGUGGCUCAUCGACCGGCUACUCCUCCUGCUCGGCGUCCUCCCUGCCUGGUGGCUCGCCCACUGACUCCGAGGGCGGCGGCAGCGGCGUGGGUCUUAGCUCUGGGAUGCUGAGCCGUCUGAAAAGCGGCUCUGGGGUUGCAGGUCUGGUUGGCGUUGGCCCCGGAGUCAACAGGGACUGCUUUGUAUGUUUCGAGAGCGAGGUGACGGCAGCCCUGGUUCCUUGUGGCCACAACCUGUUCUGCAUGGAGUGCGCCGGGCAAAUCUGCCAGUCAGCUGAUCCCGAAUGCCCCGUCUGUCACACUCCGACCACACAGUGCAUCCGUAUCUUCUCCUAAUGGGAUAAGGGUUAAAUAUCUGGGAAGGGCGGGGUUCCAGACUGAAAGAGUUUUGGAGUGCGGCACCAGCUGUGGUGGAGGCAGUGGAAGGCUAUACACUAAUAACCUUCACACAUACACUUGAUGAACCAUAAUAAAAGCAUUAAUAGAUGAUACUAUACGAAUGUUGAUAUAUUGCUGAUAACUGUCAAGAAGAAUGAAAACAGUAAUAAUAAUAAUAAUAAUGACAAUGACUUAUUUUCAGA